GUUUGAUGGAUCUCUGACCGUUGGAACCGUUAUCCUCGACUGAGACGGAGCAACCCAAUGUCCAAGUCCAAGUACUCGACCAGACCGGCAAAGAAGCUCAUCAGCGCCACUGCUCAGUGUUCAGAGAGUGGCACUGUUUACGGAGAGUGCAUCCUACUCCACUACCAGAAUCUAAAGAAGGGGAUAUGCGAAAAGGAGUUCCAAGCAUUCAAGCAGUGUGUUAUGAAGCACGUGAAAUGACGGACGUUCUAUUUAUUUAUUUAACGAAGAAAAGAUGAUUUGACUAUGUAC